CCGCCGCUGCUCUCGCCCUCGCCACUUGGGCUGCUGCGGGCCGGCGAGCGGGGAGCGGGGACGGAAGCCCGCAAAGCGCCUGGCCAGAUAGCUAGGCGGGGCGGGGCCGCCCUCGGCGCCAGGUGGGUCGGCGGAGGGCAGCGAGAGGAAGGCGAGCCGAGCCCAGCAGCGCCGCCUCCUCCCCCGCCGCAGCGGGCGCCGCUCGGGCAGCCGCGAAGAACCGGCGGAGGGAGGCCAACGGCCGCCGCUUUGCCGCCGCCGCCUCCUCCUGCUGCUGUGGCUCUUCCGAGCCCCGCGCCGGGCAUGGAGGAGCCCUCGGCCCGAGUCACCCUGAACGUGGGCGGGCUCCGCUACCGCACCUGCCGGGCCACCCUGGCCGCCUUCCCGGGCACCAAGCUGGGUGGGCUGGUGGAGCCCGGGGCGGAGGCGCGCUUCGCCUACGACGCCCGCGCUGGCGAGUUCUUCUUCGACCGCAGCGGCCGCCUCUUCGAGCAGGUGCUGCACCUGUGCCGCAGCGGCCACCUGCACGGCCCCGCCGGCUGCCGCGCCGCUCUGCGGGCCGAGCUGGCCUUCUGGGGGCUCGCGGAGGCGCGGCUGCCCGCCUGCUGCUGGCGCAAGCUCUGCCCCGGCGACCACGACGAGGAGGCCGAGGAGGAGAGCGGCGGGCCCGGCCGCCAAGAGGACCGGCGCGGCCUGCUGGAGCGGGGCCCGCGCGGGACGGGCGGCCGCUGGGCGCAGUGGGCGGCGUCGGCCUGGGCUCUCCUGGAGGAGCCGCGCUCGUCGUCCUGGGCCACGGGCUUCGCAGUCAUGUUCCUGCUGUUCAACGUUGCCCUCAUCACCAUCCUUUGUGCCAAAGGAGGCCAACGUGAAGACUUUUUUGGACCCCGCAACUUCACCCACACCCACCACUCCUCAAUGGAGGCUUUGUGUCCACAGAUACCUUCUCUCCUCCAUCUGGAGUUCUUCUUCAUUCUUUGCUUCAUGUGUGAAUUUGUCAUCCGGCUCGUUUCCUGCCCAGACAAAAAGAAAUUCUUUCGAAAGCCCCUGAAUGUGGUUGACUUCCUGGCACUUUUCCCAGUUUGCCUGGAUCUCUUUUUCAGCCGACAUGGAUACCAGCCUGGAGCUCUGCCGUGUUGGCUGAACUUGUUCCGUGUGGUGUAUAUCAUCAAACUCUUGAAGGUCUUCAAGUUGCUGGAGACCCCGCUGCUGCUGAGAGUCUUCCCUUACAUGUUCAAGUCUGUCUUGAAGGAGAUUGCCAUCCUGAUGUGGGUUUUCCUUUUUGAAAUCCUUUUCUUUGGCACCCUCAUAUUGUUUGCCGACUUGAUCGAGGAUCACCCAGAUUCGCUGCUUCAUGACAUCUUCUCGUCCUUCUGGUGGGCUGUGAUCACCUUGACCACCAUCGGCUACGGCGAUAUAUACCCCAUCCAGACAGCUAGCAAAGUGAUUGCGGCCUUUGCAGUGCUUUGUGGCCUACUAACCAUCAUUAUCCCCAUUCCCAUCUUUUUCAUAAAAUUCAAGCAUUAUUAUACCUCCGCUGUAAUUAAGGAGAAGAAGAGGAGAGAGGAAAAGGCAACGCCAACCGUGACAUCCUCAGAAGUCUAAUGCGGUGAUCGAGGCUUUUAUGUGGGGGAGGAAACCCCUUUCCCUUCCACACCGUCCAGCCCAAUUAAAUGGGAUGGUCCCACACUGCUUCUCUUGCUGACCUUCAUCCCUGCCGGGUCCCCCUGCUCUGGCCCGUUUUGCAUUUGACACGAAUAUAUCGGGCACUGCUGCAUUGCAGUGGCAGCUCUUCAUCGUUUGGAGAGCCAUUCCAUAAAGCAGUCUGUAAACGACUCCUGCAACAACAUCACUAACCAGGUUUCUUAUGGUUUCCACUUCCAUUCCGACGAAUCCCUGGCAAACCCUUUACUGUCACUCAGUCUGAGUUUCCUUCCUCCCUUCCGUCUUUAUGUCCUUGUGCCAUUUUGCAGUGCCAGACGUCCCCUCGGACAGCUUGGAGCCUACACGAGGGCUGGGCUGCUCCACUAUUCCCGAGAACCGAAACAGCCACCUCUCUACCAGUAAAAGGGCGGUUGGUUUCAAACGUUUAUUUCCUUGCCUUGGAAUAGCCUCUUUGGUGGGUCGAGGAGAGGAGACCAGUGGUGUUAGUUUUGUGGUGUAAAAGAGCAGGUUUUUUCUUCCACCUAAGAUGCUUUUCUUCAAGACUGAUUCCUAUAAACCAUGGUCCAUAAAGUCAUCCUGCAGGAACCUCAAGCUGGUCUUGUGAGGCCAUUUGCAGUCUUGACACCUAACUGGCUCCUCCACCACCCUUGACUUGUUCCCUAAUGGUCCUGCACUGUAUUCACAGGCCAGCCUCACUCACUCAGGAGGCUAAUCUGCACAGGCACCCAAACUAAGGCCAACCAAGCUUAGGGGGCUGUGCAGACACUUCUGUAUUUUAACUAGCCUGGUUUCACAUAGUGUGUAAAAAUAUCGUGCCUGCCCCAAGUAGCUGUGCUUUGCUUGGAAUAGGCAGCAGGAAGUAAGUGAGAGCCCAAGAGAAGUUUGUAGCAUCUCGAAAUGGAGAUUUUUAAUCACAUGGAGAUUUGUAAACUUCUGUGAACUUAUUGAACUCCUCAGCAACUUCAGGUCACCAUCUGCAGCAGAGCUUCAGCAGGGUUUCAUACUUGUAAGUCAGGGGUGUCCUUACAAAGCUCAGUCUGCUGGGAUCCCAAAAAUGCCAUUUUAGGGCUCCAGAGAAGAUGCUCUGGGUGUCUCAGGUCUAAGACUAAACAAGUAGCACCUGCUUUCUUUGUCACAUCAAUCUGAAGGAUAAUUCUGUGAACAUGACCGCUCUUUGUUUUUCCUGCUCUGCUUCUAUUUAGCUUGCGUUAUUUACUCGUAUUUGAUGGGGAAACGUCAACUUUGUCAACCAUUUACUGUCCUAUGGAAUUUUUCCCCAGCAGCUCCCAAAUUGCUUUUUUUUUUUUGCUGAAAAUUUAAGCUAUGUAAUUUUGUAAAAUUUCACUAAUGUUAAAGUUUUAGUUUCCCAUUAUUCUUUUUAAGAUAGUAGCAAAUCUAUGCAUCAAUGAAAAUAAUUCAGCACUGUAACUAUAUGACAAUAUUUGUUGUAAAACGUUUCCUAAAAUUCUGAUUCAUUUUAGAAAUACUGAAAUUCAGCUUCCUUUAAAUAAUGCUUUUGCAUUAUACAUCUAUGAUACUAACUUUU